AUGAAGUUUUAUUCUGUCGCAAUUCCUUCUCUCGCAAUGAUAUUGGUUGCUACCUCGCUAGUUCGAGAAGCCCAAGCAUUUGCACCUCCACGAAUAGUAGCUUCCUCCAUCACGUCACGGACGCCAGGUUUUGCCAAUCUUCGACAGUCUAUUAGAUACGACCGUAUCAAUGGUGAAGUCGAAGAUGAUACGUCGACGACACUGCAAUCAAGUGCCAGUGAUAUUGAAUUGACCUCUGGAAAAAGGAGAUUCUUGGACAGUUUGCCACGCAUUGGACGGCGAAAAGACGAACUCGACGACAAUAUCCUAAAGACUGCCAUUCCCAACAUGAUCAAUCUGGGCGUGGUGCCUCUUGUCAAUGCCGUGGAUACUUUUUGGGUGGGUCGAUUGGGACUGGCACUGGCCUUGGCGGGACAGUCAGCGGCCAAUCAAGCCAGCUUUACAAUAUUUUUCCUCAUUUCCUUUUUGCCCAACAUUAUGACUCCGCUUGUGGCAUCGGCAGUCGCUUCCGGUAACGAGGAAGAAGCCCAACGACGAGUUUGUGAAUCCAUCUUCUUAUGUACCACUCUAGGACUUUUGGGCACUGGCUUAUUGGUGGCCUUUCCCAAGCAAGUUUUGUCGGCCUUGGUCUUACCUGGGGAUGCCCCUGCCAUGGCUUAUGCCGCUCCGUACUUGAGAUGGAGGGCCAUUGGUAUGGUCCCAUCUCUCAUUUCUGCCACUGGUUUUGCCGCAUAUCGGGGAAUGCUAAAUACCGUGACACCGUUGAAGGUCAGUCUCUUUACAAAUGCUAUGAACUUAGUGUUGGAUCCGCUUUGCAUGUUCGGUGGUGGAUUGGGAUUUUUGGGAGCUGCCGUGGCCACUGCUGCCUCUGAAACUUUGGGCGGAUUGACAUACCUGCGAUUAUUGUUACGAAAAGGGCUCGCUCGAUGGUCCAUACUCCUGAAACCUCCCUCCUGGAAAUCCCUGUUACCCCUACUGCAAGGAGGUGCAGCCAUGUUGUUUCGGCAAUUGACCUUGAAUGGAGCCUUCUUGAUUGCCACUCGACGGGCUCAGGUCAUGGAUCCCACUGGUAUUUCGGGUGCUGCCUAUGGAAUUGCCACACAAAUCAGUAACGUUGGAAUCAUUUUGAUGGUUGCCAUGCAAAGUACCACUGCCGCCUUGGUACCUGCUAGCAUGGCCAAGGAAGGACCCGCCAGUGCACGCAAAUGCGCAGAUCGUCUGAUGAUCUGGUCCACUUUGAUGGGAAUUGUUUUGGCAGUCGUACAAUACGCGUCUCUUCCAUUUAUUGUGCCCAUAUUUUCGACACUCCCGGAAGUCCGAGAGGCCGUCAAGUUACCAGCCUUUAUUGCUUCCUUGACACACAUUCUGGAUGGUCCCAUCUUUGCCGGCGAGGGAGUCAUGAUGGGUUUGGGGUCUUACCGUGAUUUGGCCAUCAUCACCGGAAUUUGGGCCUUAUUCAUGGUGGGGGGUAUCAUGUCGCCAUUCGGCCAGCGUCUGGACGGUAUCAUGUGGACCAUCUUUUUCGCCUCAAUUAUAGCACAGAUUAGUACAGUUGGACAUUAUCUCAAGAUUGGUCCUUUGGCAAACCUGAAAAAGAAGAAGGAAAUGGAGAUGGAAACAGCACCAUUUUCGUAA